AUGCCUAGUGGUGGGCGGAGGAAGACAAUAGUAAAUCCGCAAGAAUGCGAAGAUGGAAUCGAAGGUAUUGAGCGUCGACUCGUAUUGUUGUUGCUGGCCGUCCGCGACAAGGGGGUUUUGAUAAUAGUAUGCUGCGGGCUGCUCUUACGAAUGUUGACGCCUAGGGAGUUAUCCAAGUAUGUGUCGCGGAAUGCGGAGAGGUUGAUGAUUCUGCUUAUGAAAGCUGUAGUGUUGCUGCAGACUGCUCUCCCACGAAAGCUGACGGCUGAGGACUUUAGGAGUUGUCCAAAUAUGUUUCGCAGAAUGCGCCAGCAGAGCUUGAUGGUUCUGGUUGUGAAAGCGAGAGUGAUGCUGUGGGACUGCUGCCAAACGGCUGACGGUCAAAUAGUCAUCCAAUAUGUGUCGCAGAAUGCGCCAAGUGAAUGUCCAACGAUUGUGAUGAGUUCUCAGGAGUAUGGUGAUGGGUUCAAAGCAGAGCUUGACGGUUCUGGUUGUGGAACGAGAGCGUUGCUGGAGAAGAGAUUCACCUUCGCGGCGUGGAAUUUGAGGGGGGAAGGUUAG